AUGUAUGACGAAACACGCAAAAAGAAUGGGUACUCCAAUACCAGCGAAGCAGAGGGCGGUGGAGGUGAGGAGGAGGAGGAGGAAGAGGGAGCGGAGGGCGACGAGGGAGGGGGCGACAGGAAGAAAGGCUUGCCGUGGCAGGACUCGGAGGAGAUGGAAGGAGAAGGAGGGAUGCGGAUGAAUAGGACCGACACGCUCAACUCCACCACCAGCUCCACGGGCACUCAGCGCAAAAAGAGCACGCACGCUAAAAAGCAGAUUCAGGGUGCCAACACGGUGCAGCGGGCCCCCCGUGCCCUCUUCUGCCUCCGGCUGAACAACCCGAUCCGCCGGGCCGCCCUCUCCAUCGUCGAGUGGAAGCCCUUUGAUGUAUUCAUCCUGCUUGCUAUAUUUGCCAAUUGUGUCGCUCUCGGCGUGUCCAAGCCUUUCCCUGAGGACGACUCCAACGCUACGAAUCAUGACCUGGAACAAGUGGAGUACGUGUUUCUCAUCAUCUUCACAGUCGAGACCUUCCUGAAGAUCCUGGCGUAUGGACUGGUCAUGCAUCCCAGCUCUUACAUUCGCAAUGGAUGGAACCUUCUGGACUUUGUCAUUGUCAUUGUUGGGCUGUUCAGUGUAGUCCUGGAGACGGUGACCCACAAGCCCGGGGAGGCCCAUCACAUGGCAGGGAAGCCAGGAGGGCUCGAUGUGAAGGCACUGCGGGCCUUCAGGGUUUUGAGGCCCUUGAGGCUGGUUUCAGGAGUACCCAGCCUGCAGAUCGUGUUGAACUCCAUCAUGAAGGCCAUGGUCCCUCUGCUGCAUAUCGCCCUACUGGUGCUUUUUGUCAUCAUCAUCUAUGCCAUCAUCGGCCUGGAGCUUUUCAUCGGAAGGAUGCAUAAGACCUGUUAUUACACCAGCACAGACUUAUUUGUAGAGGACGAUCCAGUGCCCUGUGCUUUUGCUGGACACGGUCGCCAGUGUAUGAUCAACGGCUCUGAGUGCAGGGGCAAAUGGGAGGGCCCCAACGGAGGCAUAACUAAUUUCGACAACUUCUUCUUCGCCAUGCUGACUGUCUUUCAGUGCAUCACCAUGGAGGGCUGGACCGACGUGCUCUACUGGAUGAAUGACGCUAUAGGGUUUGAGUUGCCCUGGGUCUACUUUGUCAGCCUGGUCAUUUUUGGUUCUUUCUUCGUCCUCAACCUUGUGUUGGGUGUCUUGAGCGGGGAGUUCUCUAAGGAGAGGGAGAAGGCAAAGGCACGUGGGGACUUCCAGAAGUUGCGUGAAAAGCAGCAGAUGGAGGAGGACCUGUGCGGCUACAUGGACUGGAUCACGCAGGCAGAGGACAUAGAUGAAGAAGAUGAGGACGGCAACAGACACGUCACUCUGGGUGACCUGGCUGACAAGAAGAGGGGAAAAUUUGGCUGGUUCAGUCAUUCCAGCGAAACACACGCAAGCCUCCCCGCCAGCGAGACGGCUUCUGAGACCACAGAGAACAUUGAGGAGGAGCACACGGACUGCUGCGCUUCCUGCUGUGCUAAGAUCAUGAAAAACCGUCUAUGUCGGACGCUGCGCCGUUGGAACCGCGCAUGUCGCCGGAACUGUCGGGUCGCUGUGAAGUCCGUUACCUUCUACUGGCUUGUGCUGCUCCUCGUGUUCCUCAACACCGUCACCAGUGCCUCUGAGCACUACAACCAGCCUGACUGGCUCACACAAGUCCAGGACAUUGCCAACAAAGUGCUCCUGUCACUGUUCACUGUGGAGAUGCUGCUGAAGAUGUAUAGUCUGGGGCUUCAGGGCUACUUUGUGGCAUUCUUCAACCGCUUCGACUGCUUUGUGGUAUGUGGCGGCAUCAUGGAGACUAUCCUGGUUGAAAUGGAGAUCAUGCCUCCGCUGGGUAUCUCUGUGCUACGUUGCGUCCGCCUGCUAAGGAUCUUCAAAGUCACACGACACUGGAACGCUCUGUCCAACCUGGUGGCCUCUCUCCUCAACUCCAUGAAGUCUAUUGCCUCCCUGUUGCUCCUGCUUUUCCUCUUCCUCAUCAUCUUUGCCCUGCUGGGUAUGCAGCUCUUUGGUGGGAAGUUUAACUUUGACGAGGCUCAAACCAAGCGGAGCACCUUCGACGCUUUCCCUCAGGCCCUGCUCACAUGCUUCCAGAUCCUAACCGGUGAGGACUGGAAUGUAGUAAUGUAUGAUGGGAUCAUGGCAUAUGGAGGCCCAUACUUCCCUGGGAUGAUAGUCUGCAUAUACUUUGUCAUUCUCUUCAUCUGUGGUAACUAUAUCCUGCUGAAUGUCUUCUUGGCCAUCGCUGUGGACAAUCUGGCUGGUGGAGAUGGUGAUGACAACAAAAAAGAAGAAAAGAAAGACGGGGAAGGAACGGAGAGUGAAGAAACAAAGGUCGAUAUGGAUGAAUAUGAAGAAGAGGAGGAACCAGAAGAGGGUGAAGAAGGAGAAGGAAGGGUCCAGAUAAACGUGGCUGACUUCACCCCACCCAAAGAGAAAGUUCUCCCAAUUCCUGAAGGGAGCGCCUUUUUCUGUCUCAGCAAAACCAACCCGAUAAGAGUGGGCUGUCACACACUGAUCCAUCACCACAUCUUCACGAACCUCAUCCUGGUCUUCAUCAUCCUCAGCAGUAUUUCGUUGGCUGCAGAAGAUCCAAUCAGGGCACACUCUUUCAGGAACCAAGUCUUGGGCUACGCUGACUAUGCGUUUACAUCCAUAUUCACAGUGGAAAUCCUCCUGAAGAUGACUGUACAUGGUGCGUUCCUACACCAGGGCUCUUUCUGCAGGAACUGGUUCAACCUCCUGGACCUGCUGGUUGUCAGCGUGUCCCUGGUCUCCUUCUUCUUGCACUCAAGCGCCAUCUCUGUAGUGAAGAUCCUCAGGGUACUGCGAGUGCUCAGGCCUCUGCGAGCCAUUAACAGAGCCAAGGGACUCAAGCAUGUGGUGCAGUGUGUUUUUGUGGCCAUCAGGACCAUCGGGAACAUCAUGAUCGUUACCACACUACUGCAGUUCAUGUUUGCUUGCAUCGGAGUGCAGCUUUUCAAGGGCAAAUUUUACAGAUGCAACGAUGAAGCAAAGUACACUCCGGAGCAGUGCAAGGGCACCUUUGUUGUGUAUAAGGAUGGGGAUGUGACCCAGCCAAUGGUUAAGGACAGAGUGUGGCACAACAGUGACUUCAACUUCGAUAACGUGCUGAUGGGCAUGAUGGCUCUCUUCACCGUGUCCACCUUCGAGGGCUGGCCCGCGCUUUUGUACAAGGCAAUCGAUGCCAAUGGUGAGAAUAAAGGUCCCAUCUACAACUACCGCGUGGAGAUUUCUAUUUUCUUCAUCGUCUACAUCAUCAUCAUUGCCUUCUUCAUGAUGAACAUCUUUGUGGGUUUUGUCAUCAUCACCUUCCGUGAGCAGGGAGAGCAGGAGUACAAGAACUGUGAGCUGGACAAAAACCAGAGACAGUGUGUAGAAUAUGCCUUGAAGGCCCAACCACUGAAACUGUACAUCCCGAAGAACCCUGUACAAUACAGGUUCUGGUCCAUUGUCAACUCUACUGCCUUUGAGUACAUCAUGUUUGUCCUGAUCCUGCUGAACACUGUGACCCUGGCAGUGCAGCAUUAUGACCAGUCCAAAACGUUCAAUUACACUAUGGAUAUACUGAACAUGGUCUUCACUGGCCUCUUCACUGUGGAGAUGGUGCUCAAAAUUCUUGCCCUCAGGCCCAAGCACUACUUCAUUGACGCCUGGAACUCAUUUGAUGCUCUAAUUGUGGUGGGCAGCGUCGUGGACAUAGUGGUGACAGAGUUCAGUAGCUCUGAAGACAGCUCUCGAGUCUCCAUUACAUUUUUCCGCCUGUUCCGUGUCAUGCGAUUAGUCAAACUUCUCAGCAAGGGAGAGGGCAUUCGCACCCUUCUUUGGACGUUUGUCAAGUCACUUCAGGCUCUACCCUAUGUUGCUCUGCUCAUCGCUAUGAUCUUCUUUAUUUAUGCUGUCAUCGGCAUGCAGACUUUUGGGAAGAUUGCCAUGCAGGAUCUCACUCAGAUCAACAGGAACAACAACUUCCAGACCUUCCCCCAGGCCGUGCUGCUGCUCUUCAGGUGUGCGACAGGUGAGGCCUGGCAGGAGAUCAUGCUGGCCAGCCUGCCAGGAAAGCGCUGCGACCCGGAGUCCGACUACGAACCAGGGGAGGAGUUCACCUGCGGGAGUAACUUCGCCAUCGUGUACUUCAUCAGCUUCUUCAUGCUCUGUGCUUUUCUGAUUAUCAACCUGUUUGUUGCUGUCAUCAUGGACAAUUUUGAUUACCUGACACGCGACUGGUCCAUCCUUGGCCCUCAUCACCUGGAUGAGUUCAAACGGAUCUGGUCUGAGUACGACCCCGAGGCAAAGGGCCGUAUCAAGCACCUGGAUGUGGUGGCUCUCCUGCGCAGAAUCCAGCCUCCUCUGGGUUUUGGAAAAUUGUGCCCUCACCGCGUUGCCUGCAAGAGGCUGGUAGCCAUGAACAUGCCGCUGAACAGCGAUGGCACGGUGACCUUCAACGCCACUCUGUUUGCUUUGGUCAGAACUGCCCUCAAGAUUAAAACAGAAGGUAACCCAGACCAGGAGAAUGAGGAGCUGAGGAUUAUCAUCAAGAAGAUAUGGAAGCGCAUGAAGCCCAAAAUUUUGGAUGAGGUCAUCCCCCCUGCUGCGGAGGAGGAAGUGACCGUGGGGAAGUUCUACGCCACCUUCCUAAUCCAGGACUACUUCAGAAAGUUCCGCAAGCGAAAGGAGAAGGGCGUGCUAGGAGACCCGGAUACCAACAAUUCAUCUGCUCUCCAGGCAGGUCUGCGUACCCUGCAAGACCUGGGGCCAGAGAUGAGGCUGGCCAUGUCCUGCGACCUCGAGGAAGAGGAGGAAGAGGAAGGCCUGGAGGAAGAGCCAGAAGAGGAUGAAACCCAUUACAAGAGCAACGGUGUGUUCCCCGGUCAUGGUGAUGCUGUCUCCAAGGACAGGCGCGGCUCCGUGGCCUCACCUGCUUCCAGCACUCCCGGGCCACUAGGAGAGGCCCUUUCCAACGGGGUGGCUCACCGGUCCUCUGUGAUGGGCUUGUCAAAAACACCCAAUGGAAGCGGGGUGCAAGAGGACCCCAGGGGAGCGGAGGACGACAGGGCACCCUCACAUCAUCGCCGUGGUUCUCACCGUCGGCACUCGUCUGUCAGGAAUGGGCUCGUGGACCAGCCUCCCAAAGCCAUCUCCAACAGGCGAGUGUGUCUACAAAGCCAUGGACAUGGUGCGAAAUGGGACGAUGUAGAGCGGAAGCGCUUUUCUCACACUGUCAAUUCCAGUGAAAAUAUGUUUGUCAUGUUUCGUUAUGGUAAAGCCUGCUUUUGUACCAUCCUGUCAAGCAGCAGAGUGCGGUACUACAACAAAUACCUCAGGAGAGACUCUGGGGAUGUUUAUGACUCUCCAAGUGGAAGGCAUGAUGGGAGGACGGAGGCAGGAGAGGAACGUUACCCUGGAGAGCAGGGCUACUACAGGAGGGAGGAGGAUGCCGAGAGUCCGGUCUUGAGGGACAGGCAUUUGUAUGCAGACAGCACGCCGAUGCACCCCGGGCACCACGAACACAUGUACAAUGCACACCCACCUGGACACGUGCUGUACAACAAUCACUAUGGCAACGGCUAUGGCGAGGGUCGACGGACAGCUCGGCGACGUCUACUUCCUGCCACGCCCACUGGACGCAAGCCCGCUUUCAACAUCCAGUGUUUGAGACGGCAGGGCAGCAGUGAUGAUCUGCCCAUCCCUGGCACCUACCACCAGAACUCCCCUCCCUGCCGCGCACGCACACAGACGUACGGCAGCUACGACUCCCGCCGCAGCAGUACCCGCUCGUCAACAAGCUCCACAGCCUCGUGGGCCAAUCCAGGCCCCCGGCGAAGUCGCUUGCUCUACGCCCCAUUAAUUCUAGUGGAGGAGGAGGGUGCAGGGGCUGGGGGCUUGGUGUGGGGGGACAAGAAGUCGAAUGAAGCCAGCCUUCCUGCUUCCGCCCAGCCUGGCUGGUACACGGGCUCUGGGAAUGGCGGCGGGCCGCAGCCAUAUCGAGCCUACACCACCUUGCGGGUGCCCACCCAGCUGAGCCCUCACUAUAGUGACAAGAGGGGCAGCGCGGACAGCCUUGUUGAGGCGGUCCUGAUCUCAGAGGGGCUAGGUCUCUAUGCCAAGGAUCCAAAAUUCGUGGCCUUUGCCAAGCGGGAGAUUGCAGAUGCCUGCCACAUGACCAUCGAUGAGAUGGAGAGUGCCGCCAGUGAUCUUUUGAGCCGUGGCAGCGGAGGAGGGGGUGGCGGGGGCUUCCUGAACCACCCUGACGUGGGAACCUUGUACAGCGAUGAGGAGCCCAUCAGGAGCCGGGAUGAAGAGGAGCUGGCUGAUGAGAUGACCUGUGUUACCUCCUUCUGAGAGGCAGAGAGGCUCAGCAUUGGCACUGAUGCACACCAGAGGAGCCGGGCACUGAGGGGCCGAUGUGUCGCUCCACGUGGUCCACAAAGAAGACAAGAUGGUCAUAAUUACGAGUAUUAGGGGAAGGUGGCAUGACAUGUCAGUAACUCCAUGCAACGCUGUGUGUAGCGUAUAAUAAGACAAAUAACAGAAGAGAGAGACAUGUAUGGAGUGGUGAGAUGUUAAGAGAAGGGAUGAGUACAUUAAUCACUCGAGACGAACCUGUGGGCACAGAACCCAGUAAAGUGUGCAGAGGACAGGGGUAUCAAACUUGUUGAUGGACAGUAAAAGUUGUGGAUGUAAGAGAAACAUGUUUACACAGGCAUAGGAGGUUAUAGAAGGAUAGCCUGACAGUUUCAGAGAGCUAAAAAAAAAAAGAGCUGUCUCACCAUUUUUGCAGAACAAUGGUUUUGCCAUUUUGCUAUAUUGCACAUAUGUGCAAGGAAUAAUGUAAUCCUGAAAAGGGAAUCCUUUUGAGCUCUUUACUCGACUUCAUGUUGUACAUGGAUAUAUUGUCCUUACUUUUCACUUUAAUGCAGUUACGCCGUGGAAAAAUUCUGGCACCCCAAAUUACAAACCUGCAGCACCAUAUACAUGACACGUGACUCAUGAUUCUAAAUAGUCAUUUGACUCGCCUUACCCUGCUUUUACUACCCAGGUCCGGUCUGUUUUUCACUCUGUUGUACUAUAAUGUGCUAGUACUGUUUGUAGUGUACUACACCCCUGUGUAUGGUAUGACAUUAUACCGUUUUCUUCCGUAUUGUACAAUUCUACCUGCUGAUUUCAGAAAACCUGUAGACAAGGAUGGUGCAAACAGCAGUUCUAAUACACACACACUAAUCCUGGUCAUCAUAUGUGAAGUAUACAUGAUGUGAUAAAGCAGGUAAGAAUUUAAGGAAAAAAUAGUCAUUCUAAAAUGAAGCUCUCAGCCUGUAUUCCUCACUAUAUAAAUGUGCACCCCUACUCACCUUAGUGCGAAACUCAUAUUAAUAUUGGAUUUCUUUAUAUUUAUAUACUCUGAAAAUUUUGGGACAUGCAUCUGAAUUUGUUACUACUAUGUAAAGUACAAUAUGUAAGAUAAUUUUAUUGAUUGCGAAGGACCAAUAUAUUUGUAAAUAAGAAAAAAAGAAGAAAGUUGAAGAAUUUCCAGUGACUGACUUUGGGUCUGAGUUUUAUAUGGUGUGCAAUCUGUGCAUCUGAGUUGAACUGUGCUGAGAGAGGGCACCUGGCAAGUAAUAUCCUAAGGAAGAACGCGUACG